AGUACCGACUUGAGUGCCGUGCGAGGAGGUCGCUGUUUACUCAUUCACUUCGCCGCAGCGUCACAAGUUUUUCGGAGUGUAUCCCUUCAGUGGUGUUUGUGACUUUCUGUGUGUGUAACAUCACCGUUGGCUCGCCUCGUCUUCGUUGGUUGUGUGACUGACCGCUGCCUAGUCCACACCUGUUUGUUUUCUCAUGGCGUCCAAGAGUGUUCCACGUAAAGUGAUAUUAGGCUGCGUGUGGACAGCCAUGUCGGUGCCAGCCAGCGACAUGUGGAAGGAGACGCGUGUGGCCGCUGGGACCGAGCCUCUGUGCCGGCAGCAACAGGCCUGGCCCACGUCGGCUGCUAGCAGAGAAAAGCGGAAGGCGUCUGCGCAGGACGUGCUGGCGGCGCCCCUGUGGCAGGAGCACCAGCCGGCGGCAGCUGCCGACGAGAAGUGGAGCGCCUCCUGCGAGGAUCCGGCUGCGCAGCCCCUGUGGCAGGAGCAGGGGCAGGGGCAGGUGCCGGCGGAGUACCUGCAGCUGCAGCGGCGGCGGGGGCGGCGGGGGCGGCUGCCGGGGCGCCUGCUGGCGGUGGCGGACGCGCUGCUGGCGUCGCUGGUGAUCGCGCCGCUGGUGGUCACCACCUGGGUCGGCGUCUGGACGCUGGAGGAGACGCACCAGCUGCCCGCCGUGCCUUGUUUCCUGGCCGCCCUCGCCGUCCACCUCACGCUCGCGCUCAUACAGGACUACCUGCCGCGGCGGCUGCCUGCGCGCUCGGACGACUUCCGGACGGCGUCGCGCGGCUACACGCUGCUGCUGGCGGUCAUGUGCAUCACGCAGUGGCGAUCCGGAUGGGCGACUGCCAAACCGCUGGACCUGCGCGCCACCCUCCUAUUGUCCGCCGUCUGCCUCGUAGCCCUGCUGUGCGUGCGUUCGACCAAGGGCCUGCUCACGCCGCCCUUCUUCGUCUUCUUGGACCGCCACGGCGAGUUUUUCGCCAUCUCCACCAGGUUCCGCACGUCGAGGUCGCAGCACGGCGUGCUGUGGGUUCUGGACUGCGCCUUCAGCGUGCUCGUCGUGGGCAACCUGAUCGUGUUCACGUGGCGCGGCGUCUGGACGCUGCUCGACCUCUACCUCUACCCCGACGACCAACUGUGGUCUGCCAUCGCCUCGCUGGUGCUGGGCUACGGCGUGGUGCUGGUGGCGUUCGCGCUGCAGCUGCCGCUCAGCCUGGCGGUGGGCCGCCUGCAGGGGGCGUCCCGGCUGCUGGCCGCAGACCUCUACCACCUCGUCUCCUUCUUCGGCACCGUCAACGUCUGGCGGGGCGUCUGGAACGUCCUCGAGAUCUUCCUCCUAGAAGAGUACCCGGAGCUGGGCUGCUGGGUGUGCGCGACGCUGCCGCUGUUCCUGCUGAUGCUGCUGGGCUGCGGCAACUCGGUGCUGGUGAGGGGCGUCUUCAUAGACGGUGAGGAGCCGGGCGGCCGCUGCAUCAUCUUCCCCUGCAAGUACCUGCGCGCAUACCUGCAGGAUCGCAAACAAAAGAAACGAGAGAAGAGGAGGCAGCAGCUAGCAGAGCAGAUGGUUAACAGCGCAAAUCACGCCACGUCUUUGCCGACGUUCGUCAAUCCACCGGAGACAACUCUGUGAAGAGACGAUGGCAACAAAUCCAACUGCGCGCCACCUCGGCGGCUGCUUCGGCAAACAGCAGUCGUUCGUUCCCCGCGUCCCCGACAGAUGCCACCACGCUCAGAGGCGAGGUGAUAAAAGAGCUGCGGUUGGCGCCCACAGGCUGUGCUCGACGAAUAGAUGGGCGAAGGAAAACACUUGACAUUCCGAACUAAACCGCAACAUUCCGAGGCAACUUUAACACUCAUUUUAGUAUAUAACGAUCAAGCGUGAUAAACCAUUCUUUUGGAGAAACCCACUUAAACAAUGAAGUUACACAAUCUUUCUUCGAUAUUAAUGUACUUUGCCGGUCUUUAGCUGUUUUCAAGAUAACGACAGUUCUCCUUGCAGCACAAAGCUGAUGCUUUUCUAAAUGUAUAGUUAAUUCUGAUUUUAAAAAAUGAAAGCACUAAAAUAGCUCUCAAUUCCGGACGUAAAGAUGCAGAAUUGUCACACGCAAUAUAUUACGAAAAGUAUUGUUCCUCAUAGCCACUUUAUAAGGUUGUGUGUCCGCGUUUACACACAUAGAGCAGCACUGAUUAUCCAUGACAAUAAAAAUGGGCGCCAUAUAUAUUCUCCACGUUUCUUUAAGAAUAUUUUAGGAUAAUAAAUCACGGAAUAAAAAUGUAGAAAAAGAAAUUUCGGAACCGUUAACCAUACCCUUAUAAAGGGGUUUUGCGGCGAAAGCUCACAUGUGUCGUAGAGCCGUAUAAUGAAUAUCACUUACAGCGGCUCAAGCAGCAAAUAUCUCUGAGACAUUCGUAUGUGCAAUCCAUGAUUUAAAAAGGGCAUUGUUUAAGGCGAUGCAUUAUGAAGUCUGCAGCAGGACUUGCACAUAGAUAUGUAACAGCUAAUCGUUUUCAGCUUGUUGGAAAAUAAUGGGUACACAGCGCACAGUAUAAACCGUUUCGAAGAAGAUCGACCAUUAUUUUCCAAAGCGCGUUUUGUGAUACUUAUGUACAUAAUGUAUGAUUUACAUUAUAAUUUAUUCAAUAAAUCUCAAACUUCAAUUAAGCUAAACGUCCCUCAUUACUUAAUACAUUAGAGUAUCUUGUGAUUAAAAAACUUUGGAAAUUGGGAUAGAUAUUCAUAUUUACCGUUACGGAACACAUAGAUCAAAAAAUUUAAAAGACACAGACCAAAAAAGAAAUCCCUCAUUUUCUCAUACUUGGAGAAAAUGUCAUCGUUUUCAAUAAACAGAGAAAGUGACGUUCUUUUAGCGGUGAACCUAAAUGGUGUUAAAUUUCAUCUUCAAUAAACAAUUUCUUGAAUAACAUCUUUAACCAGACUUACAAUAGUUACAGAAUGCUGAACAUAUCGCAAAAUAUUGUGCAAAUAGUAUAUUACGUUCGUCCUAAGCAAUAUGGAUACUCAAAAAACUCCUUGCAUAUUCUGCCCCAUAGUAUUAAAAGAGAUUCAGUCCUAUAAAGUUCAGUAAGCAAAAUAGACGGUUGUUUCGAAUAACGCUUGAUAGAUGGUAUAUGUUAAUAUUUCAUGUUGUUUUUAUGUAUUGUUAACAACUAAAUAAAAAGAUUUAUUUUGAA